AAGUAGGAAUGAAUACUCCGUCGCCGCCAGUACGGAUAGAUUAACAAGUCGUAAUUCGACUUAUUCACUAGCCUGUUAAAAAAUUGCAGAACGAGAUAAGCCACUGGCUUUAAUCAAAUCAGGAUGUCGUAUAGCCGUAUGACCGAUUCGGAGAACAAAUUGGAGAUGCCAAUCCACAAGCAAGAGAAUUUUCCUCAAAUACCUCCGGUAGAACAAUCCUCCACAUCAUUAGGAUCACAGAUGGGUCCACCAAUGUUAUAUGUUAACCAAAUAGUGAUACACAACUCACCCGGCAUUUUGAUUGCACAGCCAGAUGAUGAACUGAAAAAUAUAAUCUUCAAUGAUCAAACUAUACGCAAGGGGUUCAUACGUAAGGUUUAUCUCAUUGUUAUGACGCAGCUUAUCUUCACGUGUGGCAUCAUUGCACUCUUUGUAUAUCAUAAGCCCACCAAAUUGUUUGUCCAACAAAAUCCAGUAGUCUUGGUUGUUGCGAUCGUCAUUAAUAUUAUCGUAAUGCUGUCUAUGGCGUGCUGCGAAACAGCUCGUCGCACCUUCCCCGUUAACUUUGUCUGCCUCGGAUUCUUCACAGUAACCAUGUCACUCUUACUGGGUGCUAUAUCCAGCCAAAUGGAUGCCGAUGUGGUGCUGCUAGCUGUCGGUAUUACGGCACUGCUUGUCGCCGCAUUAUCGGUAUAUGCGAUCCAAACUAAAUAUGACUUUACCACUUGGGGCGGUGUCCUAGUAUGCUGCUUGAUGUGCCUAAUUAUAUUUGGAAUGAUGGCUAUAUUUUGGCUAGAUACGUUCCUGUAUACAGUCCAUUCCUGCGUUGGAGCACUGCUUGCGAGUUUCUUGCUCAUCUACGACACCCAAUUGAUUAUGGGUGGUAAUCAUAGGUAUCAAUUUAGUCCAGAGGAAUAUAUAUUCGCCGCGUUGACUUUGUAUGUCGAUGUUGUGCGAAUUUUUUUGUAUGUCCUGCGCUUACUUAGAAGGUAAGAACACAAUUGAAUUAAAAGUAUAUACACGUACAUAUGUAUAGUAUAUACAAUACUGCUGCAGCCAUUAAAAUAUAAAACAAAAGGUAAUUUUGCUUUCAACAGGGGUAUUUAAGAAUUGUAUGUAUUGCUAAGAGUAAACAUUCGAAUAUUUACUAUAUAUGUAUAACUGUUUUUUUGAUCUAUGCACAAAAUUUGUAUUCGGAUUAUUGUCGUUCCAAAUUUGUUAGAACAAAAAUAAAAUGUAAGAAUAUCUCAUA